UUCAUUGUUGACGUGUUUUUGACGUUUCACGUCACGGAAGAGAGGGUUUCGUUUAUAUUUUUAAUCGAAAUUCGGAAUAUUUAUUCGGAUUACUAAAAGCUUUCAUUUAAGUUAUUAGUGCUAGCUUCUUCUGAAAACUCCUGGUUUAUAUAUUUUCCUGUAUUAGCGAUGGCUGCUAUGAUCACAUCUUGGACACCCGACAAGAAACACAGCGAUGUGGAAAGGUGGAUCUGCAUAUAUCCCGCUUACAUGAACAGUAAGAGAACCCUGGCACAGGGUCGACGGCUGCCUAAAUCCAGUUGCGUGGAGAACCCAACGCAUCAAGAAAUCAGAGAUGUUUUAGUAGCCACUGGACUUCGUGUAGGUGUUGAGAAUAAGCUGUAUCCGAGGGAGAAGAGUAAGGAAAUGACAUUCAGAGGCAGAAUUCGCGUGCAAAUUAAAAAUGAUGAUGGAACACCAGUAAAUCCCGAGUUUACUUCUCGAGAGUCAGUUAUGAAGUAUAUUGGAGAAGCUAUACCUAAGUUGAAGACUCGCCAAAAUAGACCUGCUGAACAACAGCCUCAGACAAUGCACCAGGCGACCACUAAGAGUAAAGGCAAGAAGGGACGUCGAUAAACAGUAUAUUUUAAAUACAUUUUUAUUUACUUGAAAAUAUAAGUUACAUUCAGUACAA